AUGAAGCCUCCGUUGGAAAUUGCCACUUUCCAAUACCACACGGACAAGACCCAGAUCGUGAGGAAGAAGCUGAGAGCGCCAGGCUUGGACGACGAAGAUCCCAGACCGUCGGCGCUCGACUGGUCUGAGGCUGACCUGGAUCGUCAGUAUCACUUGAAGGAACUGCGAGACUUCUUGCGUCAAGAUCCUGUCAUGGUGAUCGUGCGGCCAGAGCAGAUCGACGACCCGAAGGGCCCGAUUUCAGCCCCCCGAGUGACGGAUAACAAGCUGAUGGCGGUGAAGAACCUGCUCGGGCUGUUGAAGGAAGCCGGCUGUGUGGCUGGCGCCUUUGAAGCGAACGAUCUUUUCGAUCAAGACCUCGAUGUGAUCCAGACAGCGAUCCAGACAUUGGUCGACAAGUUGAGACCUUUGGUCGACGUGAUCGCGGAUAGUCCGGGCCCGAAGGUGCCAGAUCCAGUGUCACCGGCUCCAGUGUCAUCGCCGCGAGUGGAGUCCACUGGGUACCGAUCGUCGUCACCUUAUGUCUCUGCAGCGGAACAUGUCUCGGAUACGUCGUCUGAACCCCAACGGAUAUCCCUCAGCCCUUCAGGAUCUGCGAUGUUGGACGCGCGAUCACGGAGUCAACAUCAGGAACGCAUGCGGUCAGGACCUCGGAAGCAGAACCCCAAGUCGACCGAUCGGACCACCAGUGCCACCGGAUCGGAUGAGUCGAAUGGCAGACUGGAGUCUUACUUUCAGGCUGCGAUGACUCGAUUUCUGAAGGAACAACAGGUCACGGUGGUAACACCUACUCCAGUGGUCGACGACAACGUUGGAUCGCGGGACGUGGAGAUGGAAUCAGCCGGAUCACCGGAUCAAGAUUUCUCCCAUUCGGUCCCUGCUGCGGUGGCAACCGCUGCCUCGGGAUCCGCUGGGUCCUCCUUGAUCCAACGUGUGCGAAUCUCCGCGAUGUCCGAUCUUAAGGAUUUCAGUGGCAAGGAUCAGGACGAAGACCGCGCCCGUUCGUGGAUCAGCAAGAACUGGUACCACCAGCUGGGCCGAUCGACGCGGAACAAGUGGAGCGAUCUACUCCGGAGUUUCCAGAUCCAGUAUUGUGGCCUGGGAGUAUCGGUCGCUUGGCAGUAUUAUCAUUCUCGCAAGAGAUCAGAUGAAUCGCCGUUGGAGUACCUCUAUCGACUGAAUGUGGUGGCUCUGCGUGCAAGAUUGAAGAUCAAGGACGGAGAUUCCAAGGCCCGCCGAGAACAUGUCGAACACUUUAUCGAGACGCUGGCCGAUCCGGAACUGGCCGAUCAGCUCACCCUACUCCGGCUUGCGGACGCGGAAGAUCUGGAGGAAGUCCUGCGCGCUCGAGAGCGCGCGAAAAGUAGACAGAAGCGAUCCGCCUUUGGAUCGAAGUAUCGUCAGAAAGUUCCGACCUCAGCACCAGCUGCUGCAACCAAGCGGGCAGUGCGUGCAGUACAGAUCGCGAGCCAGGGGUCUGGAUCAAACACGGGAUCAGACGGAUCGGACUCGGAGGGUGAUCUACGUCGCGUUUACCUAGUGUCGAGCGAGGACGAGUUCCGCAACGCUGGGGGCGACGCGACGAAGCCGGAUCGAAGCAACCAGGCGCAGAUCAACCAUGACCCACCUCGAUCGGAUCCACGAUCGCGAUCUUCACCUGACGGAUCGGAGCGAUCAAACCGCUGCUCACAUUCGGAUCGUUGCCUGUUCGUGUGCCGUGGAUGUGGUGAACUGCACGAGAUGGGCAAGUGUCCGAUGGAGGAAUUCUACAACCAGAUCCGUCAAUGGUUCAACCCGGCGAAGCACGCUGGCAUGCUGUCCGCGAUCGCCGAGAAGAUGUACUGCAUCUAUGCAUUCGUGAACAAGAACACGGUAGAUCGAGUCUUAAGUCUACAUCGAUCGGACGACUUCAGCCGUUCCGACGCCGAAGUGCCCUUGGAUCUCCAGUCUGGAGAAACAUGGGGCUAUUGGAAGCAGCGCAGACCGGAGGAAUGGUUCAAGCCAGCUGAUGGAGAAGUGACGACCGAGAUCCCGGAGCAUGAUCGCGAUCGAAGUCUGCCUCGCGUCAGCGAACACCGCAGAUCUGGCGAUGUGGUGCCCGAUCUCCUCCCUGGGGAGUCCAGAGGGUACUGGAAACAUCAUUCGCCAGGUAAGUGGUUCCGUCAGGCCAAGAUCACUGGCAAGAUCAACAAUGAGAAGUCGAUCUUACUCUUAGACACCGGCGCCGAUGUGUCCAUCGUGGACACCGCCUUUGCUCAUAAGGUGGGGUGCUCUGUCGACACGAGUCAGAGCCAGGAAUGUGUGGGGAUUGGCGAAAGCGUGUACAUGACGGAAGGAAGGACCAGGAUCAAGGUUACGCUGGCGGGAUCGCUGGUGUAUUUCUUCGAUAUCUUGGUUGGCGAUCUAUCAGGACAAGAGGCGAUCCUGGGUAUGGACUUUAUGGUUCCAGCGGGGAUCCGCCUCGUUCUUGCGGACGGCUCUAUCUGUCUCCCCGACGAAGUCAAGAUCCAGCUUAGCGGACGGCGUCAGCUGUACAACGACAAUGUCAGACACGUGUGUGUAGAUCAGAGAAUACAGAUCGCGAUCGGGGAUUCGAUCGAGCUUCCGCUACGAAUGAAGGUGACCGAUCGAGAAAAGCUAUGGGUCACCCGUGGAGAUCGUUGGGUGCCGACCGUGGUCCGAGGACCCGGCAGGAUCGAAACAACCGCGAACCAGCCUCACGUGGAGCUCGUCUAA